AUGGACAAAGUCGAGGUUCAACACGAAGAAUACCACAGAAAUGGCGCCAAACUUCCGCAGAAAGACGAAAAUGCCAUCGAAGCCUCUCCGACGUUGCGAGAUGAAAUUGCUCGUCUUUCACCUGAGCAUCAGCAAUACCUCCUCCGUCGACAUGGCACAUUAGAUCUGGAUCCGAUUCCAGACAUGAGCGAUGCAGACCCAUACAAUUGGCCCACAUGGAAGACGAACGCCGUCCAGCUCGUCCUCUAUAUAUUCUUCGGUCCUGAAACUCGCUAUCUGCGCGAUGGCGAAAGAUCCCACAGUUCAAGUCUUCAAAAGGAAUACUUGCAGUUCAGGCGCAUCGACCCAACCCCUCUGUCGUGGUGGGAUUUCGUGCAUCCAUUGAGCUUCGUCGUCCAGCCCUGCGUCUUCAUUCCCGCAGCUGCUUAUGCAAUGAUUUUCCUCUGGGGUAGCGUGAUGCUGUCCAUCGAGAUCCCGCAGACUUUCCCUGAGAAAUUCCACUUUAAUACGGAGCAGGUUGGCCUGCAGUCGAUCAGUCUUAUUAUCGGCUCAUUGAUCGGCGAGCAAGUCGGGGGGAUCCUAUCCGACCAGUGGAUGCUGAGACGCCAACGUCAGAUUGGCGCGUCUACAGCACCGGAAUUCCGGCUGUGGCUCAGUUAUAUUGGGCAUAUACUCACCAUUUGCGGUGUCAUCGUGUUCAUUGUCCGCGUCGAGCAGGCAUCUAACCAGUGGAACGUGACGCCAUUAGUCGGUGUGGCGAUUGCUGCUGCUGGAAACCAGAUUGUUACCACUGUUAUGAUCACCUACGCUGUUGACUGCUAUCGCCAGGAGGCAGCCAGUGUCGGCGUCUUCAUCACGUUCUUUCGUCAAAUUUGGGGCUUUAUCGGUCCAUUCUGGUUCCCCCAGAUGUUUGAAAACGUCGGCUUCUAUGGAAGCACUGGCAUUGCAACUGCUCUUACGGUUAGAGUUAGCGUCAUUCCAACAAUUUUGCUUCAGUGGAAAGGCUGUACAUGGCGUUAA